GCGAUUUUUCUAGGUUAUGUUUACUAUGAUUGGAGAUUUUCGAGAGUGUGCAGAAAUGACUCAGAAAAUUUACAGUUCUUGUAAUUUUUGGUAGAUAGUGCAAAUUUUUCCUUCUCCUUCUAUAAUCGUACCUGUCAGCUCAUUAUUUUACAUCAUGGAUUGCCCCAUGGAGGGUGACCGCGGAGAUGUCAAAGAAAAUGGAGCUGCAGAGGCUAAUUGUCCUCGCUUAGAAUCCAGUACGGAGAAAAUCAUCUCAGAAAAUGCUGAAAAUGUCUGUGAUCCGCUCUUGAGCCAACCGGAUGAGGCCAAUCUAACUCCAGUUGAGUUCUUUGUUGUGCACAACAAAAACAAACACAAAGUCAAUUUCUUCCUAGAGAAAACAGUUAGUGAUCUGAAAAAGCACCUACAAAAUAUCUUAGGAGUACCACAGCAUCUACAAAAAAUCAUGUUCAAAGGCCUCGCCAAAGACGACCAAAGUUUGAAGGAUAUUGGAGUUACAAAGGAUGCAAAGGUUAUGGUUGUUGGGUCCAAACUCACAGAUGUAUUGGCUGUCUCAACCCCUAGUAAUCAGGAUACUGCAGAGGAAAAGUCCAGCUCAGUCUCAACUAGUGAACCCUUUUGUAGACAAAAGAUUCACCGGAAAGUCCUGGAUAAAGGAGUCCCUGAUGAUGCUAUGCCUGGAAUUUUAAACAUUAAAGAGCCUUUACCUCCAUAUCCUAUCUCCGGAAUGCUGAAUAAAAGUGGUGGUAAAGUGAGGUUAACGUUCAAACUGGAAGUAGACCAAGUCUGGAUUGGCACUAAGGAAAGGACGGACAAACUGGGUAUGAGCUCCAUCAAGAAUGUUAUUAGCGAGCCCAUCGAAGGUCAUGAGGAAUAUCAUAUAAUGGCAGUUCAGCUGGGUCCGACUGAAGCCUCGCGUUACUGGAUCUACUGGGUUCCUGCGCAAUAUGUUGACUCGAUUCGUGACACCAUUCUUGGAACUGUCUCUCUGUAGUAUCUUUUUAUAUUUGUAUCUAUUUCUAAUUUUGUAUGUUUGUUACUUUUUCUUGAUGUCGUUUUUCUCUUUGCCGUAAACUUUGUUUUUUGAAACCAUAACCUCAAAAACUAACUUGAGCUAGCUAUUUAGACUAAUCUGCUCAACGAAGAUAAGGCUCUUGUAAAAUUAUUUUCUUUCAUAUUAGGGUUUUUUUAAUAGAAAUAUUUUUCAAAACCAUCGACUUCUUUAAAAAUCGAUGGUAACACCAUCUCAGCGUCUUUCAUUCUAAUUGUUCAAAACGACUUUUAUCUGAAAUAAUAUUAUUGCACGAAAGCAGAACCUCAGCCAACAGGUAGGAUUUGCUUAAGAUGAUCUUUUCUUUUCCUCUAAAAAUUCGAGAAGUUAGAUUUUUUAUUUUCAGUUAGGGAUAGUGUGUUCUACUGAUCUAGGAGAUUAGUUAUUGCCAGAACAAGAAACUUAUUGCUGCAAAGAUUGUCGUAAGAACUAUUGCUGUGUUUGGUUUUUUUCUUCCUAAAAUUUGGCUCCAAGGCUGUAUUCCUUCUGACAUGAGACUUAUAACACGAAAAACUGCCACCCAUAAUUGAAAAUUCUAUUUUUACUUUUCAAUCUCAUUUUGAUAAGAUCGAGUGUUAAAAUUAAGAGUGUAUCAGAAAAUAACGUCUAUUGUUUGUAUUAAUUUUAAAUGAGGAAGUUUCAUCUCUCAAUAAAUAAAAAAAAAUUCUUUAAC